CGCCACUUAACUAUAGUUUUCAAGCAAAUUUUUGUCCACUAUCGGUAGGACCCGACUGUACCGAUUAACAUACCUGUAAUUGAGGACCAUGAAAAAAAGUGAGAAAACAAACGUGGCAGAGUGAGAGCGAGAAGUCGAGAACAAUCACCUAAAAUUCAAAACGUGAAUUUAUAGUUCUGAGUCAUCUCCAAACCCUCUCCAGAUCACUCAAAUCCAUCAUUGAAUCAACCGCAAAUUCCGUACAUUUUUCUAAGAGUGGUAAGAAAAAAAACAUGAUAUAUUUGUGGACUCAUCAAAGAAUAAUUAACUUUUCACAUAACAAAAUUGAAUAACCAAUAAUUGAAACGAGAUUUAGAGUGAAUAUCUAAUAAAAAAAUGUUUUAAAAUCCAAAUGUAAAGAAAUAAAAUUGAGGGGCUAAAAGUAUAAUCUAUUUAGUAUUUACUGCAACUGGAAGAAAAUGGUUUAUUUGUAAUCUUCUUCGUCGCUGCGAAACUCAGUCGAUCGACUGUAAACUAAAACCAGUGGAGUCGAUCUCUAGCUAAUCCCCCGACUCCGAUCGAACCCAACCGCCGGAAUCCGACCAUCUUCCCUAUCUCCGAUUUCAGUUCUCCAUCCCAAAGCUUCCUCUUCUCCCCCAAAAUCCCCAAUCCCUAAUCUCCUCACUCAAACCCCCAAUUUACCCACUCUGCAAAACCCUAGAAAAAAAACCCACCCGCCAUGGACGAAUCCUUCCUCCUAAUGCUCUCAAACCUCCUCCACCUCCACAACUCCUUAGACCCAUCAACCUCCCUCCUCUCCUCCGCCUCCUCCACUCCAUCUUCCUCCUCCGUCACCUCUUCCUCCCCUUCCUCCUCCCUCCUCACCACCUCCUCCGCCGCGCCGCUCCUCUUCUUCACCCUCGCCUCCCUCCUCUCCUUCCUCGCCUGCUCCAAACCCAACAACAAGAACCGCAAAUCCGGCACCUCCCCGCGCCCCGCGCCGCCGGCGAACGGCGCCUACACCGUCGCGGUGUUCCAGUCCCUCAGCAACGACUGGACGUCGGCCCCACUCCGCGACGCGCAGUGGAGGGCUCUCUACGGGCUGUCCUACCCUGUCUUCACCAAAAUCGUCGAGAAGCUGAACCCCCACAUCGCGGCUUCCAACCUCUCCCUCCCUUCCGAUUUUGCAGUCUCGAUGGUGCUCUUCAGGCUCGCGCAUGGCUACUCAGCCAAGUCGCUUGCUUCCCGGUACAAUCUCGAACCGUACUUGAUUUCGAAGAUCACUAAUAUGGUUACUCGCUUGCUGGCGACUAAGCUUUACCCUGAGUAUGUGAAGAUCCCGGCUAGCAAACGUAGGUUGAAUGAGGUUACUCUAGCUUUCGAAGAACUGACUUCACUGCCCAACAUGUGUGGAGCUAUUGAUGGAACACCGAUCAAGCUUCGUUCUUUCCCGACGAACGAAUCGAAUCUGUAUCGGUGUGAGUACGGGUAUCCUGCGCUCCAGCUGCAGGUUGUUUCGGAUCACAAGAAGAUGUUCUGGGAUGUCUGUGUGAAGGCGCCGGGAGCUGUUGAUGAUGCAACUCAUUUCAGGGAUAGUUUGCUGUACAAUCGGUUGGUUUCGGAUGAUAUUGUGUGGGAUAAGGUGAUCAAUGUUCGAGGUCACCAUGUGAGGCCCUAUGUAGUUGGAGAUUGGUGUUACCCUUUGAUGGCGUUCCUGAUGACGCCCUUCUCGCCAAAUGGGUCGGGGAGUCCUGCGCAGAACCUGUUCGAUGGAAUGCUGAUGAAAGGGAGGUCUGUGGUGGUUGACGCGAUCGGGCUGUUGAAGAGCAGGUGGAGGAUCUUGCAGGAUUUGGAUGUGGGUCUGAGCCAUGCCCCGCAGACGAUUGUUGCGUGCUGUGUGUUGCAUAAUGUGUGCCAGCAGAUGAGGGAGCCGGAGCCUGAUGUUUGGAGGGAGCCAGAUGAGACUGCUGCUCCUGCGAGGGUGCUCGAGAGCGAGAAAUCGUUUCAUUAUUUCGGCGAUAGCUUGCGGCAGGCUCUUGCUGAUGAUUUGCACCACAGGCUUUCUUCAAGGUAGGAGUGCAUCAAGCCCCGAUCUCCGAUGUGAGCUUCAAGGUAAUGUAGUAGCUAUAACUUUGUUCAGAUGAUCGCGGUUCACUUAUCGUCCUCUAUUUUGGCGAGCUAAAUGUAGAUCUCUAACUUGGGGUGAAGAUAUUUGGCAGGAAAUCUGUAACAAAAGAUGCUUGGUAGCACAAGCACACCCAACUUUGUAAUGUUGUUUAGGGUUUUAUUGUUGUUUGAACCUUCAAUUUUUUUUGUUUUUGUUUUUUUUUUAAUCUUCGACGACUGCUUGGAGAGUAUUAGUUUCGUUUGUGUGUGAGAAUGUGAUUGAUUAGUGUACUUGGGACAAUUCGACUGUAGACUCAGCCCUACUGGCAAGCAAUUGUUUAUCAAAUUACAACUACAUAACUGCAGGAAAUGGGAGUAUUGUGUUCUUGAACCUCUUACAUAGCGCACUACAAAGGCGCAGCAUAAAGCACAAAUGGCUGU